AUGUACCCCACUGCCUUGGCCGGGCAAAGCAAAUUGGUGAGUAUUAUCAUUGACCAAUAUUUUUAUAAAGAUUUUCUUCAAAGAAAUGGUCAUCAGAAUCCAGAAUCCAGAUACAACCUAAGAUCAAGGAAUCAUAUCCUCCAGGAGCGAGUGUCUGAGAGUAGAGACAUUGAAGCUAGUGUUGAAGCCCACUUCCCACAGCUUGACUUCAUCUGUUUCCAGGAAGUGUGGCAGCGUUGUUACGCGCAGCCGUUGAUGGCAGAACUGCAGAAGGUGUUCCCAUAUGUCAUCCAUGACGCUGGUCACUGGAGCCUGAGUUGCAACUACUUCAUGUUCAACAGUGGACUUCUGUUUGCGAGUCGUUAUGAAAUAUUAGGCGUGGACUUUAAACCCUUCUUGAACAGUUGCAUGUUUUGUGUGAUAAAUUCCAAAGGGCUGUUGAUGGUUAAGGUGCUCCUCGGCAAGACAGGUGUACACAAGCAGGAUGUCGGCUACAUCUUCUGUACACACCUGCAGGCGUACCAAGGAGAACAGAAAGUGACAGACAAGCAACUGGACGAUGUCUUACGAUGGACACAAGAGUUCCGGCGGGAAACAGCAUCCAAACAUGACAACAUCAAGUUGGACUGCAUUUGUGGAGACUUCAACUUUGACAACAUGUCCCCAUGUGACCAUGAGCUGUCCAGCCACCCACUGUUUGACCAGUACGGAGGACCCCUGUAG